AUGCCACGACGUCGCAAACCUCCGCGCGCAGGCGCCCUCGCAGAGCUAGCCCCCCUCAAGAUCGCAGGCCAGAUCGCGACGCUGCAGGCCAUCUACUACUUCGCCGCGCUGGUGCUCAUCGUUUUCACGGCGCUCGUGUCAGGCUCGGGUUUUAGCUGGACGCUUGUCUUUGGCUGGGAGGGCGUGAGGGGUGAUACGACGCAUGGUUGGCUCAUGGCAUUUAUCUGGUUAUUGGAUGGAGGGUUGAUUAUUUCCAUCGCAAUCGUCGCUUUCAUCGCUCGAUCCAAACUCGUCCCCGAUUUCGCCGUAACAGUCCACUUCCUCCACCUCGUCAUCGCAUCCCUCUACAGCGGCCACAUCCCCCGCCACGGCGCCUGGUGGUUCACGAUGCUCGCCUCGUCCGCGGUGUCCGUCGGUCUCGGCACCUGGGGCUGCCAAUACCGUGAACUACAGCCCGUUUUCUUCGGUGGCCGUCCCAUUCUCCCUGCCACAGGAUCUGAAGGCGCGGUAGCGCAACAACCUCCCGCUGGCGAUGAAGAGAUGGGUAUUGCCGUGAGAGGGAGGGGCGCGGAUGGUGGUGGGGAGUACGAGAUGGCGCCUAUGCAGCCUGUAAGAUGA